UAUAUUACCGUCAGAGAAAUGCGAAGAAAAUAAAUCCUGUGUUUUUUAUUCUUUUGGUUGGUUGUAAAAUCGUGUAUUUUUGAAAAAUACUUGGCAGUUUUAUUAAAAAUUAGUGUAUUAUUUUUGCACAAAGGGUAAACUGCAACCCAAAUUUUUUCUGUUUUUUGUUUCAAGAUUUCUUUAUUUUUCAAUAUAUUUUUUAUUUUUUUAUUUACCUGUACACUGUCUAUUUUCUUUGAUUCUUGUAAAAAUGUUGUAUUUGUGUUUGAGUGCAAAAAUUUGUGAAAUGUUGUGUACUUUUGCUAAAUAAAUACUUUUUAUCAAAAACAUUUUUUAUUUGUUUGCGAGCACGGACCAGGAUGUGAAUCGAAAAUAUUUGGCUGAUAAGCGAGUAAAUAAAAAUAUCUUUGGCAAUUUAACAAGUUAACAAAAUCGAACUUUGUUCACUAUUUCGUGUCGCUCUAAAAAUAGUCCAAUUGUCUAUUUUCUGACAAGAUAAAAUCUGAGAUGUGUCCCGAUAAUUUAUUUUUGAACAAUAACGCGACAAAUAAGUCUGCUCGAGUGGGUAUUUUCCGCGAUAAUUUCCUGUUAAUUGUAUUUUCGAUUUGAUUGACUUUACGGUCCUUGAUUUAUAUAUUUGAUCUGAAAGUAAACAUUUUUGCUGAAUUUAAGACCCAGAUGUGCGCUUUAACGUCUAGUAAAUUAUCCACGAGACGAUUUAACAAUUCGAAUAAAAGUAGCGGUAAUUUUAGCGAUCUGCUAAGUGUGUAACUCGAACUUUCGUUUUCUUCGAAAUAAUUGUGGUUUAUGUAUAAUAAAAGCGACUAAAUUUACUUAAGUGAUUGAUUUUAUCGAUUGUCAUGUGGGGGUAAACAUGGGUAAUUUUUGAUGGUGUUGUGUAGAGAAAGAAAUUAGAACGCAAUAAUUUUCUCCGUGAGCAUAAAGUAUUUUAAUGGAACAUUAAUGUGGUCCAAAUUACUACUCCAUAACACAGGUGACAUGUGUAAACUUAAUUAAUGGGAUUAAUUUAACCAUCGAUUAUUUCUAUUUUUAGUUGAACUUGUCACUAGACCCAUCAUUUUUAUUAUACGACUGCCACAAGCACGGAUGUCACGAGAAAGAAAACUUAAUCCGUCUUAAGCCGCCUUAAAGUCUCUAAAUUAAUAAGCGCGAGUGCGAGUCGAGUGAUGGGUAAAAACCCCAACCGAUGCAAAAAUCGAAAAUAACCAAUCUGGGAGUAGAUGAACUUGAGAUAAUGACUGAUAAUGGACAUUUGACCAAUGAAAAUCGGUAUUAUGCGAAGGUAACGUACUGCGGGAUAUGAUAUUUACAAUCGCGGCUAAAUAAUAUUAUUGUACUGUGAGUUUCUUCGAGUGACACCUGUAAUUAUUCGGAUUUUGUAUUGGAGCGUUUGCUGCGACACCAACAUGGGAUUAGACUUCAUCGAGGGCCAAGGCGAAGACUUCGAAAGGGCGCUCGAGAGCACAGGUUUCGGAAAAUUUCAUUUCGCCUUGUUGACAAUAUGUGGUUUAAUUUAUUUGAACACCGCCGUUGGAAUAACAAUAAUCUCGUUCGUUCUGCCAUCGGCGACAUGCGACUUCGAGAUGUCCUCUUCGGACAAAGGAUGGCUGACAGCCGCCCCCAUGCUUGGUAUGGUGAUUGGCUCGUAUUUCUGGGGAUGCCUGGCUGACACCAAAGGACGCAAAACAGUAUUAAUCGGUGCCUUGCUCAUGGACGGCUGCUGCGGCCUCUUGUCGAGCAUUUCCCAAGUCUAUUGGCUGUUCAUGCUGUUCAGAUUCCUAAACGGAUUUGCCAUAACAGGUGCAAUGGGCAUCUGUUUUCCCUACUUGGGCGAAUUCCAGCCCGGCAAGUACCGCGAGACGAUCUUAUGUUGGAUGGAACUCUUCUGGACUCUCGGCGUCAUUGUCCUGCCGGGAAUCGCCUGGAUCAUAAUUCCUAUGGAAUUUGUAUACCAAACUGAUAAUUUUAAGUUUGCUAGUUGGAACUUGUUCGUUGCCACGUGCUCGAUCCCGAGCCUUUUCAUCGGACUUUGGCUGUUUUUCUUCCCGGAAAGUCCCAAGUUUCUGCUGGAGUGUGGCGAAGCCGAGGAGGCUCUCGAAGUCCUCAAGGAUAUGUACGCAAGUAACACGGGAGACAGCGCUGCCAAUUUUCCGGUGAUUAGUUUAAGAGAAAAAGUUCGCACAAUGAGUGUGGUGUCUCAACAAUCCACGCGCAGUAUUCGUAGCUUAAGGAUCCGAAAGCCGAAAGAACUUAAACUGCUUUUGAGAGAAAUCUGGGAGCAGACCAAGGCCUUGUGCAAGCCGCCGCAUCUCAGAUAUACCAUAAUUACGUGUCUGAUCCAAUUCGGCCUAACUACAAGUUACUACACUUUGAUGAUUUGGUUCCCGGAGCUUUUCUACCGGUUUGAAGAGUUCGAAAAUCUUCAUCCGAACGAAAAAGCCACAGUGUGUGAAGUCUCCUCGGUCGUGGUUCCUGUCAAUAUGACCACACCAUCGCACGAGGAAUUCUGUGGGGAACCAAUCGCCGAUUCCGUUUUUCUUCACACUCUAAUUAUCGGACUUGCUUGUAUUCCGACAAGCUUUUGGUUGCCGUUGUGCGUGCACAGGCUGGGGGCUAAAUUUUUCUUAGUUUUCAGUCUACUUGUUGCUGGAGCUGUGACUUUUGGUUUGUACUUCGUCAACUCAGCAACGUCAAACCUGGUCCUUUCGUGUAUUUUUGAAGCUCUGACCAGUUUGGGAAUCAGCACCGUUUAUUGUGUCAUGGUGGACUUGUUCCCAACCAACUUGAGGGUAAUGGCUGCUGCUUUGUCGCUAACGUUUGGUCGAGGAGGUGCUCUUAUUGGUAAUCUCUUGUUCGGCUUUCUCAUUGAUUUGAACUGCGUCGUCCCUAUUGUAUUAUUCGCAGCUAUGUUAUUAGGAAGCGGCUUGUUGUGUCUAAUGUUGCCAAACACGGGCCAGGGAGCGUUGGACUAGGAUCACUUUAGUUUUUAAUAUUUUUUCAAUUAUAUAACUUUGUGAUAAUUGUACUUUAUUGACAACAAAAUACCUGAAUCGCAUUCGAUUUUUUAGGUUUAAAUGUACGUACAAUAAUGUAAAAUGAUAAUUAUUUUUGUUAGGAGAAUGUUUUAUUUAUAGUUAACUUAUUUACUUGUAAACUUGUAAGAUAUUUAUUUAUAUUUAUUUUAUAUAGAAAUACAGCACUUUUCUGAGCGAGAUUGUUGUUUCUGAGGGAGGUUGUAGGGACAAGUGCCUUAGAUAGGACUCUAUUUUUUUAAUAAUUAUUGUUUUACCAGCAUUUAGGCCCAAACCUUCGAAAGAUUUCACAAAGUAUUUCACGCCUAAGUUUGUGUUAUCAAGUGUACAUUCUUAUUUUAGUUUAUCUUUAUCAACUGUAUUACCCCAAAACACGAAUAAAAAUUUUACCCAUAAA